CUGGGUAGGGUGGCUAAUCUGUCAGGGUGUCACCGCGGGCCGCUGGCGCAUGCUGUGGCGGCUGUGACCAAUGCAUUGGUGCGGCAGUGGGCUGUUGGCGCAGGUGCAGUGUGCUACCAGUUCACUGCGUGCACGCUAGCGUUAUGGUGGGCGCUUGUAAAUCUUCGGUGGUUGUGCAAAACCGUCGUAAAUGUGGCUAAGGCUGAUAUUGUGGAAUGCGUGACAUGCGCCCCAGCUGAGGAGCUUCAAAAUGCAUGUCCGUGUCAGCAGCAACGACAUGUCGUUUGGUGGGACUAUGAACCUAACGACAAAAAAGGAAGUGGAGCACAAGUGGAAAGAUAUUCCCAAUGGGGCAUCUACUGUUCCUGCCAGUCGGUUUCACAGCUACCAUGGACGUAACCUCAUUUUGUGUGACAACAACAUGGUUGCCUACCGCAAGACGAGCUUUGCCCAUGCAUUGGCGUUCUCUGAGCAACCACUCCUUCCAGGCGAAAUCUUCCUUCUAGAGAUAGCACAAAAUGAGCGAGGAUGGAGCGGCCACAUGCGACUUGGCUUAACUCAGCAUAAUCCCGGUUGCCACUUCCCACUGCCCCAGUAUGCUUUGCCAGAUUUAGCCAAUAUGGGCCACUCCUGGGUUUUUGCUAUUCACAACUCGGAACUGGACUCUGAGCAUCUUGGCAGUUCACCUUACGAACGGCUUGACCCUUCCACAUCAGUUUUAGGCACUGGUGAACACAUCUACACAAGCCGGGGUGUUGUCCCCCGAAGCAUGUUGCUUCCGACAAAGCGACCUAGGGCACCUGUGGGUGGUGAGGACGGUGUCACAGACUUUUCUGGUGAAGGGACUUCAAUCAGCUCUGGCCUCGGCAGUUGUGGAAAGUCAAGCAUUCUUCCAACGGAUGUCGGAAGUCGAAUUGGUGUCAUGUAUGUGACCAGGGGUCAGUCAGCUGAUAUGCACUUCAUCAUCAAUGGGGAAGACCAGUUGUAUGCAACAGAUAUCCCUCACCAAGAUGCCCCUCUCUAUGCUGUUGUAGAUGUCUAUGGCACCACCAAGCAUGUUCGCAUUGUGCAGCUUUAUGGUGUGGUGGCAUCUUUGCAGAGUGCCUGUCGUGAUGCCAUCCUUCAACAUAUAUCAAGCUGUGCUGUGCGGACUUUGCCACUUCCACGCAAGCUCAAAGAGUACCUGUGUUAUCACUCAUCACGGCCACAAGCCAUAGGAAAUUGACCAAUUUGAUCAGCAGCUUUUCGACACAUUGUUAAACAUUGGGACAGGAACUCUUCCACAAUCAGUGCUGCCAUGUACCAUAUGAAAUGAAGACUGCGCUUUUACUUUUGGUCAUUUGGCAAUAUUCGACACAUUGAGGAAUUGCAGAAAAGUAAAGCUUCGACAAGAGGUGUUGUUGAAACUCGCCUCCAGUGAUUGUCGUACUUCUAUAUAAAACAAGACAUAAUGUGCACUUUGGUCAAGUUGGAUACGUAACUUUUAAGUGACAGCAGCAGUGAAGACACGGGAGUUUCUGUCAGGCUGUCUGAUUUUCUGUUUCAACAUCUACACUGUUUCAACGAUGCCUCAAACAGGAGUGCACAUUGUUUUUAUUAUUAUGCUCGACUAAUAUCAAGUGCAACUUCAUUUUUUCCUGCUGUAGUUUGCGUUUGAUCAUUAGUAUUCCCACAGUGUAUAUGCUAUACUCAUGGAAUGAAGCAUGUCAGUUAACAACUGCAUAUACCUUUGUUUCCACUGUCUCGAGUUAGUGUAAUACUACCCUUGACAGACGGGAUUUGAACUAAGGGACAUCUACUGGAAAGGUGUUCACAUAGGUGACACACAACAGAGUAGUAUUUUCUUUCUGGUAAGGAUCCCUUGCAGAAAGGGAGAUAUCUGAACUACUUUACGGGUGCAAAGGCAUUGCCUCAUGCCCAGCUAAUCAACAACUCAAACGUUGAAACACUUCGUAGUCUUGGUAAUAAUUUAUUUGCUUCCAAAAAUUUUUCCUAUGGUUAGCAGAUGCCUAAUUUCUCUCGCAGUGAACUUUGAUUGCAGCCAUACUUUCAAACGCAUGCAACUGUCCCCGUCGCAGAUGUAGACACCGUAGCAUCACCACACUCGCUGUGGGCUGCUUCAUUUCAUUUGUUUUUCUGGCUAUCCAGUUUCGCUGGUGCAGCAUUACAAUGAACUGGAAUAUAUGAGCAACGUACUGUUUGCUGUGCAUUAUCACACAAAUUGGUGCUCGUAGUGGUGGCGUUGUCAUUGCUAACUAUUGAAUGCAUCUAGCAAGCCGUAGUUCUACCCUUGGCAGUCCUGGAGCGCGCGUCUGGUCAGAAGUCUGACGCGCAUUCUAGAUCAGCCAUGCUCCAGCACUAGCAGCGUGCUUGCUCAUUCUGCGCACAUUGUUGUUAAAUGAAAUUUUAAUUUCGCUGCUAACAAGAAAUCGCACUGACAAUAACGAAUAAGUGAAUUGUAAUGCUGCGGCACGUCCUUUAUGCAUCAUACUUUCCCUUUUUUUGCUGUAUGCAUUCUUGUUUUUUGUUUUGCACUGACCAGAUCCACAGUUUUUUAGACCGUGCCGUACUGUGUGUCACUGGAGAAACUCCUUUUAUUAUUAAAUGUGCUGAGAAAACAUGUUACAGGUGUACUUAAUGCAUCCUCUGCACCAAUCUCGUGUGGAAAAAAGAAGAGCAAAAACAAUUCCAUCGCAUGUAGUCUGGUCUCGACGUUUGCUGUGUGUGGACAUUUGAUAGCGUUGCCACCACCACCACUGUCAUUGUAGCUGCUGGUCGUGCCGCUGGUCACAGUGCACAAAAAGUCACUUGUUUUUUAGAGGACUGCAAACCCCCCACUUUUUAGACUGCACUUAUGAUAUCCUCAAAGGCAACUUUGCCAAGGGCAGGCUGAAAAUUGGGAUUUUCAGCAUGAAGUAGCUUGUACUUAACGCAUUCAGUACCCAUAGCAUCACCGAGACGGAUGCUGCAGCUCUUAACGUGACAGUGUUAAGGGCCCCGUGUCGCAGAAAAUCUGGUGUUGGCAUCCAGUGUCGACUGUCAUUUUGGCACAAAGAAUUUCGAACCAUGCAGGCCCUCCAUGUAGUGCAAGGAACUUACUGAACUAAUUGAAUUUCUCAAGGUAUAAUACGUCAAAAAAAUCGUAAAGUACGACUUACACACAACCUACAGACAUGAUAGUGUCGGAUUGUAAUUUAAAUAUAUAAGAAAACUUAAUUUUCUUACGCGGAAACUCGAUACACAAACCCCUUUCCCAUGGCUUCUACCAUUCAUAGAGCGGCCACGGCCUUCGAGAUUUGCGCACGGCCCAUUCCUUGGAACACGUCCAGAUGGCGCUCCCCUCCGCUGUAUCGUGGCCCACGCAAGAGGCCGUGUUUCUACCAGAAAGCUCGCCUUCAUACAUAGCAUUUCCCGCCAGCGUUUCGUGGUAAACAUUAUGGUUGCAUAAGCUGCAGUUGCCGGGAAGCAUGAGAAGUAGUCGGGGAUCUUUCAAUGCUAUCGCAUUCUACUCUUAAAGGCAAAGCUUAAGCGUCCUCCAAAUUUUUUUAGUAACAAAUUUGCACUUUCUGAAAUUAUGUGCAAUAGGUUUUUUUUGGCUUAGCCCAUCCCUGUGCUCAACUGAUUAUGUGCAUAGCACUGAGCAGCACGAUUUCAUACUUAUUGUUGCUUUCAAUGAACAUGAUCAUUUGCUGAUGGAUCGUAUUCCCAUACAAGGCGUUCAUAGUUCCUUGUUCCAUCCUGCUGCAAGGAUUGUGUGAUUGCUUUUACGUUAGUUAGAACUUAAGGCAUGUUGCUCUCAGUCCUUCCACAUCACCGUACGCACUACAGUACGACAAGGAAAAAUUUUAUAUGCGAUAUUGCACCUUAUAAAUUCGACCACACGGAGUGCUUCAAUUGUGUGGUGACCAUAUGAGGCUGGAAGUGAAUGAUAAAGCUGGCAUAUGUUCCGCUGAUAAACUUGUAUCUCAAGCAUGUCCUGCACCUUCCCACCCCAUGCUUUCUACUUCCUAGCCUACGUUUUUUUACUUUUGUUAAGCACAGCUGAUAAAACCUUUUGCUUGAAGUGAGAGAAAAUGCAGCAGCUGCAAGGCAGUGCCUCGGCAAUAAUUGGUUCCCUUUCUGUUGGUUCCCCCCCACUCAUUCACACUAUAGUAUAGUAUCAAGUAGAAAAUUGAAUUUUAUUGAACACACCUUUACUUUUUUCUAUCUUCAUAUUGGCAGUGAACUCCUACAUUCUCCAAUCAGUGCCCCAGUAGCAAUCUCACCAAGACUUCCUCUGCCAGGGCCAGCGCAGACAUCUUGGUACUGAUCAGUCGAGGUACGAUUAUCCAUCUAGGACUGAUUUCAGAAUCUAAAGAAAGCCUUGGCCCAUAAAAUGUAUGGGCACUGGCUGGGACCUUCUGGCAGGAUCGUAUUAACAGGUCCCUUGCUGUAGAUUUAUAUUUUUGAGGAAUUUUAUGGUUGAUGAGCUAAUGUGACUUCAAGAGCUAUGCAUAUGUAUGCAAUAAAUGUAUUGUACAAUUGAAAUGGGGUCUGUACCUGCAUAUCACAGUAUGCAGCAGGAAUGAUUGAAGUUGCAUAAGAACUGCUUGUUAUGACAUUUGUAGUGGCUGCUUUGCCCCAUGUAGCUCUUAUCACUUGCCAAUGGUAUUUAAGUGGCAGUCUGAUAUGGUCAGACAUGAUUGGAUGUAACUAACUACAUGUAAUUUUAAUCUAUUCAUUUAUUUCUGGUAAUUUUGUAAUUGAUCGCUCACUUUUUUUACUCAGUAACGCUCACUGUAAUUCAUUUGCUUUUUCCAGUAACCAAUUACUAUAUUGAUGAGGUCAGCUAUAACAGGCAAUGCAGAUUUGAGCACUUCAGUUUGACAGGAACUACAGUAGAAUGCUCGCGGUCAUGCAAGGUAGCGGCCUCGUGGAUGCACAAUGUUCAGAGAGCCAAACCCUGGUACUCGGUAUUUGUUUCCUCAUCUAAACAGUUUACCGGAUGUUAGCCGAUGAAAUGAACUGGUGCUGCUCUGGCUCGAUAGUGAUGAUCACUUCAUACAUUGAUGCUACAAAACCAUAUACAGAAUAUUUUUUUCAGCUUUUCGUUGGCCCUACCAGAAGCUUCUUCUCUGGGCCCCAGGAACAAUAAAGCACUGCGCUUCAUAGAGGAUCGAGAGGCGAGCAUAGUGGCAUUGAGUAACCACAAUCAUUAUAUAUGGAACGUGUUCGUACGUUACAACACCGCCCUUCCCUCCAGCAUGCACAUCAAGCAAGUUUUAAGCAUCACUGCUGAUUUGUAUACGUCAAAACGAGGGAAGAUGACUGACAAAAAUUUUGAAAAGUAAUUGUUGGUGAAGAUAAGCAUGUGAAUGGCUGAAGAAGAUGCACUGAAGAACCAGGCCAGCUCAUUAUAUGUACUGUAUUUGCGCAAUGUUAAUAAAGGUUGGAAAGAAAGUAAUGUAAGAGUAAUGAUUACAUUUCAGUAAUCCCUCAAUUGCUUUCGUGGGUCACUGUAAUUGAUUACAUUAUUUAAUGAAGUGAUUGCGAUCGGUUACUUUUUUUUUUGUAGCAUGUACAAGUCUGGAUAUGGUGUCAAUUUAGUAUUAUGCUGGCUGUUCAUGACCUCUGCUUUUUAAAUUUCACUGUGCCUGCAGACUUCGUUAGUGGACAUUGCUAACAUUUCACAUGCUGAAGAAAAAAAAAAAUCUUGGAGGACGCUUAAGCUUUGCCUCUUAAGAGCGGAACAUGAUAGCGUUAUUGGGCCCUAUUGACGCCAACACCAGAUAUUCUGCGACACAGGGCCCGAUAGAGAGCAAUUUUAGGCCACUCCUGAUGGGAGUGCAGGACAGAGCAAUGCCUCAUACCCUGAUAAGGCAGAGGCUACAACCAGCAACUCGCCAAUGGCUCAUACCGCCGUUAGCAAGGGAAAAGGGGUUUGUGUUGGAGUUUCUAUGUAACAAAAUUAUGUUUUCUCGUAUAUUCAAAUUACAGUCUGAUGCUAUCAUGUCUGUAGGUUGUGUCUAAGUCGGACUUAACAAACUUUCUGAUGCAUUUUACUUAGAGAAAUUCAAUUAGUUCAGUAACGCCUAUGCACCACGCGGGGGGCUUGCAUGGUUUUAGUUCAGGAUGAUUUUUUUCUGAUGAACAACACUGCCGACAGAGGACGCCGACACCGGAUUUUCUGCACCACAGGGCCCUUAACGCUAUUGCGUUAAUACUACGUGAAUUAAAGAGAUAAGCUGCUGAGUGCCUGGAAAAUUUUGUGAGUGAAUUGAAGGUGUUGUGGUGUGAAUUUAAAUUUAGUAUCAUGACAGUGACACAUUACCAUAGUGUACUACACUAGACUGGCCUCAUUUGCCAGAUACUUUUGCUUUUCUAGAUCUGUGGCAGGGUGAAGUGGGCGGUUUAUGAACAUGGGUUGUCUCGAGUAGCUUGGAUUGUUCCUACCUGGUUCCUGUCAUUUGAAGUUGACAACACACUUUAACAUGUGGGUCCAAACCAGACCUUAAAUAUAUAUUCGUAGUAGUACGGAAUCAUUGGCAAUGAUCCAUUGAGCUCAGAUGCAUUGCACAUCACUUAAAAAGAAUACACUGCAGAAAUCCCCAUUGUGUAAGUUUCAUGCUAGGAAAAAUUGUAGUCUCUCAAACCGUACCAGAAUGUUUCAAAGGGAGUGGUUGCAGUCACCUGAAAAUAGAGUUCGCGUCUGAGAGAAAAUAUUUCCCGUUUCGGUCGUUUACAUGUCAAAAUCAAUUGAGUGAGAAAGGUUUCGGGUUGCUGUAGUGAUGCAUGCUACAUGCGUUAAAUAAAAGCCGUCUCAUAUAUAUAUAUAUAUAUAUAUAUAUAUAUGUACACACACACACACAACGGUAUUUUUUUUUCUUGACUCAUUCGUUUUUAUUUUUCAGACUACUAGAGAGAAAACGCGUCUUUUGCCCCCUUCAAUUCUCGGCCUGCCCCAUUGGUACAACGUUGACUCUAUACUUUUGCGUAGUUUCAUUCGUCUGCUGCAACAUGAUCAUGUGUGUCCUUAUUUCUGGAUUUUGCUCUGCUUGUGCGUUGCUCUGUAUACCUCAUUACGUACGUGUGACGCUGCGUUAGUGUUGAAAAAAUACUCUCGCACUGGUGCGCAUCCGUAGGAAAUUUUGAUACCAUUGAUACUGUGUAAAAUAUACUUUGCAUGCUUGUUGACAUGCACACGUACGUCUACAGCACUCUUACCUGACAAGAACUGUACAUGCUGCAGUGCUUUUGUUCCCGUGGCAAUAAAUGGAUGCUAAACAGUA